AUGUUGCUCCUGCUGAUCAUCUGUGGAGCUCUCCUCGGUGUUUACCUAGUUUUGUCCUUAACAGUUUUGAAAAUGCCUAAAUGUAAGAGCUCUGCAAAACUACAUGGCAAGACAGUCAUCAUAACAGGUGCAAACACGGGCAUUGGGAAGGCCACAGCACUGGAGCUUGCUAAGAGAGGAGCACGUGUGAUACUGGCUUGCAGGGACCGGCAGCGAGCCGAGACUGCCCUAAAGGAUAUUAAAAAGGCAAGUGGAAGUGAUCAGGUGGUGUAUAUGCAUUUGGACCUGGCCAGUCUCCAGUCUGUUCGCUCCUUCGUUGAGAACUUUCUCAAGACCGAGCCCAGGCUCAACAUACUCAUUAACAAUGCAGGAAUUUUGCUUCCAGGCGAGACGGAGGAAGGUCUUGGUAUGAUGUUUUGUGUCAAUCAUAUCGGCCACUUCCUGUUAACGGUUCUGCUGAUGGAGCGACUGAAAGAGUGCGGGCCGAGCCGAGUCAUCACGGUCGCCUCGGGCUUGUACAAGAUGGGGAACAUCAACUUUGAUCGCAUCAUCACUCACAGAGAUCUGGGCCAAAUAAAUAAAAGGAUAGACAUGGUUGCGGCUUACUGCCACAGCAAACUCUGCAACAUCCUGUUCACACACGAGCUGGCCAAGAGACUGGAGCGAACAAAUGUCACCUGCUACAGCGUUAAUCCAGGGUCUGUAAAAACAGACAUACAUCGUCACAACUCACUAUGGGUUAAGAUUUUACUUGAGCCGAUCAUGGCACUGUUCUACGUGAAUGCAGAGUCAGGAGCUCAGACAUCCCUCCACUGUGCUCUCCAGGACGGCAUCGAACACCUGAGUGGCUUCUACUUUUCCGGGUGCGAGGUGGAGGACUUGCUCCCCAAGGCUCGAGAUGACGCCAUAGCCAAGAAGCUUUGGGAAGUCAGUGAAAGACUCUGUGGCCUAGCUUGACUUUGUACAAGUAGGCCUUUACUGAUGUUUAGAAUGUGAUGCAAAACAUCUAAUCUGGUAUAAAAAUACACCUCUAAACAUUAGGUAAACUGCAUGAGAUGUGACGAAGACGGUGAGAGGAAUGUAACAGUGUCAUUUGCAUGGUUUCACAGUGCGAGAUGGUAAACGCCUUAACAAAAAAAACUGACUACACCCAAAGGUGGGAAGGUAAAAGCAAAUUGAGAUCAUUACAGCUUGUAAAAAGCAGUAAAGGUCACAAUUUCUCAUCUCGUCUUAGGCAAUCGAAUAUGGUGUAUGUACAUGUUGUUAAAAAAAUAAAUAAAUAAAUAAAAAGGAUGAAGCCAUAUAUACAAUAUUAUAUCCACAACAGCUCAGUAGAGUUAUGAAGGGGGGGGGGGGGGGCACCUGUCAACAGUGUCACUGAUGUCAUUCGGCAUUCUUGAGUUAAAUAUAUCAAGCAUAAGUGAAGUCAACACUCAUAAUAAUCACUCUGCACUAAGUCAGGCAAAAUUCCGAUGAUUCCUAAACAGUAAGCCAAUUGCGCAAAUUCACAUAGCUGAGAAAUGUGAACUCAACUCACUUUUUGGACAUGCUUUUUCUGAAUCAAUAUAUUUGUAUGAAUAAUUUGAUAUGCAAAUAGAUUGAAGGUGUUUAUUAAGGGAAAAACUAAACAUGUUGCUUGUGACAAAAACAUUCAUAUGUCUCUUUCAAUACAUAAUCAGGUGCAUUGGGCUGUACUUUCUAAAAAUUGGUUCAUAUAUCUAUUUCUUUUUUUUAAAUCUGGCAAACAAAAAGAUUAUUUUGCAUGUAUGUAAAAUUUCAUUUCAGUUAUGGUUAUUCAUACUUAUACAUAUAUUUCUUCCUUACUGGUUCAGGGUAGCGAUAGUGCUUAUUGGUACUCUGUUUAAUUUUUUUUUAAA